AUGAUUUGAAAAGUUUUUUACCAAGAUUGGAUUUAUUAGAAAAAAAGUUUGAAUUACGUUUGGUACUUGUGGAUCAUAAUAAAUUGAUUGAACCUUGGACUGGAUUUUCCAAAAAUGUUGAUUCUAUAAUAGAUCAUCAUAAAGAUGAAGGAUUAUACAAUGCUGAAACUCGAUUAAUUGAAAGUGUUGGAUCUGCGACUUCUCUGGUCGCAUUGAAGUUCAAAGAACAGUGGGAAAAUCAAUUAAAACAUAACAAUGAUGGUGAUAAUGAUAAUGACAAGUCAUGGAAUCAUGAAUUGGCUAAACUUUUGUUAGCGCCUAUUUUAAUUGAUACGGGACUUUUGGAUAUUUCUAAUGGUAUAACAACUGUUAAAGAUCAAGAAGCCGCAAAGUUUUUAUCGGAAGUGCUUUAUGAUAAUAAUAAUUCAGGAGAAAUAAUACCACAAGAUAAAAAUAUUUUUCUUGAAGAAUAUUAUAAUGCUAUAGCAGAAGCACGAUCCAAUGUUAAAUCAUUGCCAUCUAUUGAUAUUCUGCGCAAAGAUUACAAAGAAUGGGUGUUGAGUAAUAGUUGUAGCAUUGGGAUUAGUAGCGUAAUUUGGUAUAUAGAGGAUUGGAUUAAACGAGACGGAAUUGACAAAUUAAUCAACGUAUUAAAAUCAUAUAAACAGGAUCAUAAAUUAGAUUUGUAUAUUGUCUUGUUAUCUU